AACAAUAAACGUUGCCGCUGUCACGCGCUCUGCCAUCUUGAGAGAGCGCAGCCAGAGAGUGAGAGCGCGGGCGAGAGAGUACGCAGGCAUUGCGCGACGCCGGCAUAUUAGUUCUCUCGCUCCCGUUGGGGUAGUCACAUUGUUGCUGUUGUUGUCAUUUUUAGUUUGUUGAUAAAGACGCAGGCAAAUGGACAUGCACAGGCUGAUCAACGAGGUUAAGCAGCGUCCCGCCUUGUGGGACGCCAGCCAUCCGGAGCACGCAAAUCGCGUGGAGACGCUGCGGCAGUGGCACAGCGUGGCAGAUGCGCUGGGCGCCAAAGUGGAACUGUGUCGCAGUAAGUGGAAGAACCUGCGCUGCAGCUAUCGCCGGCAGCAGCAUCGCAGCCAACAGCAGCUGAAGCGACAACAACAAGCGUCGCCCGCGCAUUUGUGGUCCUAUGCGGAGGCGAUGAGCUUUCUGGACGGGCGCCGGCUGCGCUCGGACAGCAGCAACAACGAGGACGACGAUUGCGAUCUGGCACUGGGCGAGUCUAUGUCAUUCAAGACGGAGUCGCAGCCGACGGACGAAAUGGAGGCGGACAACGAUGAUCUUAUGCAGCAAUUCCAGAGCAUGGCCACGCCGCAGGCGCUGCGUCGACUCUCGCACAGCAUUUCGCUGGCCAGCGCUGCCGCCGAGGAGCAGGCGGCGGCGGCGCCGACCGUCUUGCCCACGCCCAUGGGCCGGCCAUCGGCCGUGGAGGCCGCCGCCGCCAGCAGCUGUCAUUGCGCCAAGCGUGUCGACGAGCAGGUCAACUUCCUGGAGAGUCUGGAGCGUGAGGAGCAGCAGCUAAUACAGUCCACCAGCCAGGACCUGGCGCGCUGCAAGAACAUUCUGCACGUGGGCGACUCGGACUACAAUUUUCUCAUCAGUUUCUUGCCGCUGAUGAAGCAAAUGUCGCCGCUCCAGAAUGUUGCCUUUCGCGCCAAGAUGGGCGAGCUGCUGCUGCAGACGAUGCAGCAAUCGCAGCAGCCACAACAACUGCAACAGCAACAACAACAGCUACUAACACAACAACAACAACAACAGCGGCAGCCGCAAGAGGAGCAGCCGCAACCGUCGCAAAUGUUGUUGAACCAGCAGCAGAUGGCCUUGGACCAGGCCCAACAAGUCACAACCAGCACCACAAAUUGGAAUUGAGUCUGCGCUCCGGCUGAGCCCCAACAUGAGCGGGAGCGGGAGCGUGAACGUGAGCUUUUCAGCCAAUUGAGAGAAUAAGAGAAUUGAGCGAGUUAUUAUCGAAUCAGUGCGCCGGCUCGCUGCACAGUGGGCGGAGAGCGUCUCAAGUGCUGAGGAUAUAUUUGUUUGUCACGAAUUUUAUA